AUGGACCAAAACCAAAAGCUCAUAUCAGGGCUUCACACUGCAGACCAGAUAUUUGUGAAGCCUCCGGGCUGUGCUUGGAGUAAGAUACUGUCCAGCCACUUCACGCUGCUGCAGGCCUUCUGCUGCGAGAACGACAUCAGCAUCCUGCGCGUCAGCAACCCCGCGCGCCUCGCCGAGCUGCUGCGCCUCCCGCCGCCCGGCGCCGGGCCCGACCCGCCCGCCGACCUGCACUGCGUGCUCGUCACGAACCCCUAUGCUUCUCAGUGGAAGGAUCCAGCACUGAGUCAGCUAAUGUGCUUUUGUCGUGAAAGUCGCUACAUGGAUCAGUGGGUUCCAGUGGUUAAUCUCCCUGACCGGUGAUGGCAUUUGGAUGUAAACGAACUGAACAAAAUUGCACUGAAGUUCUAAAAUACUUUAGCAGUUGCUCAGGAAGUAACUCCCUACCCUGACACAAGGAUUACAAAAAACAAAACAAGUUGAUGUCAAGUGGGUUAGACUGAAGUUGAACUACACGUUGUGUGGGACAGAAGAAGUGGACUCUGCAGUGAAAAAGUGAUGGGAAAGGAAGUGGAAGCUGAAAGCGUAUUAAACAAGCGUCAUGAAAACUAAAAAUAGCAAGAAGAUGUAAGGUGCUGUAUGCUUGAGUUACUUGCAGACUAUGCCAAAUACCUUUGAGUUUCACGAGUGCAACUUGUAGUUUCUCAUUUAAAACACCUCUAGCGUGACAAGAGCAAAAAGGUUUAAUCAAAACAUUUAAAUCCAUUUUAUCGUAUUUUGGAAUGUUGAUUUUCAAGGUUUUUAUUCUAAGAUCUACUAAGUUAUUUUAUGAUAUUGAUGGAGGAUUUAUUUAUGCUAUGAACUUCAGAACUGGAAUACCCUUAAACAGUUGGUCUACAACUCCACCCCUUGUUUUAAUAAAAUAUAAUUGUUUGAAACUGGAUGGUGUUUCUUUUACUGAAAUAAAAUUUAAAA